AUGCCGACCGCCGACAUGGAGCGUUCGGUGCAGCUGCCGCACACGCCGCUCAAUCACUUCCUGAAGUCGGCCAAGGCGCGGCUGGCGCAGCACGACGACCUCGACGAUGCCGUCUACCUCGUCACCUCGCCCAACCCCACCCUCGACCAGGUCGUCGCCGCCAUCGCCUACGCCUAUCUACAGUCGCAGGCGCAGCAGCAGCCAAGAUCCUCGAAGCAGUCGCCCUCGUCGUCUUCUUCGACCUCGUCGCCAUCGCCGUCGACCGCAGGGAAAAAGGUCUACAUCCCCGUCAUCCAGGCAAAGCGCGGCGAGACGCUCGAUGCUUCGCUGCCCGACCUCUCGCUCGCGCUCCAGGCAUCCCUCAUCGCCCCAGAGAAUCUGACUUUCCUCGAUGACCAGCCGUGGAGGACCGCCACCGCCUACGGGCGCAACAAGGACGCCAUCCUCGUCGGCGGCACUGCCAAGCUCGCAGCAACACCAGAGUCCAUCAAUGAGUGGGAAGAGGUCCACGGAAUGAGAGUCGUCGGCCUCAUCGACUCCGACCUGCCGCCCACCGAGCUCGCCGAACUCCAAGUCACCAUUGUCACGCCAAACUCUGAGGUCAAGGGCACCGACCCAGAGACCGGCCUCGCCUCGCUCGUGGCCCUCCACUUCAAGACGCAGCUCUCGCACCAGCUCCAGGCGUCCGUCCCUGCCCCCGCCGCUGCCGCCGACAACGACGACGACAAGCAAGACGACGCAUCGGCAGCGUCGGCCGCACUGCUUCCCAAGGAGCUCGCCGAUCUCGUCCUGGCAGCCGUCCUCGUCGAGACCGACAACCUGGCCGAGUCCAAGACGUCGUACCUCGACGAGGGCGCCAUCGGCUUCCUGAUGUCCCGAUCGUCAUUCCACGGUCCACAGGCGCAGGCCACCGCCGACGACGAGGAGCAGGCCUCGGACGCUAAAGGCCAAGGAGACAACGACGACGACGACGACGACGUCUACGUGCCCACGUUCCCGGACCUCGACUCCUUCUAUCGCGCCCUCAAGUCGGCGGCACGGGCAGGGGCGGCGGGAGCGGCGACGCUGGGUGGCCUCAAGGCCGACGGCGGCGCGGGGCCGGCUCGCCUGCCCACGCACUUUGAGUGGAACCUGAUCCACGGCAGCACCCUGCCCCUUGUCGAGGGUGCGGACCCGCUUCCCGACUUUGCGCGAAAGGCCAUCGUCGGCGACUUUGCCGACAUCCUCACCUCGCCCGCCGCACUCAAGCUGCUGCAGCCGUACGGUGUCGAAGUCGGCAAGGCUGCGGUGGCCGCAUCGGCCUCCAACGACGCAAGUGGCAGCGACACCCUGGACCUCAGACGUAUUUCGGUCGCUGAUGCCGUCGCGGCCCAGCUGGCGGGCUCCGCAUCGCAGGGCGAGCUGCUCUGCAUCGCCGUGGCCGCGCUCCACGCCUUUGUGCAGAUCAACUGGACCGGCCCGGACCUGCCCUCGGACCUGACCCCUUACGCGCUGCUCCGCACGAGCGCCAGCGACUCGUUCCCGCCGCGCAAGGUCGAAGAGGAGGAGAUGGAGAAGGACGCGCGCAGGAUCGGCCGCAUCGUCCACCGCGCCUCGCUCGAUGCGCUCGUCUUCAAGGGUGAGCCGGCGUACCACCUUUGCCAGUCGCCCUUCUUCCUCGUCUUUGCCAAGGCCGUACUCGAAGCCCUGUGGCAGAACCGGGGCACCGGCGUCGCGGCGCUCGAGACGCUGCCGUGGUGGAGGCUGCGGGCCUCGACAGUGCACUCGCAUGUCCUCGACGAGCCCGCCAGCUUCGGCAAGUCAGUCUUUGACCCCAUCAGCCGGCUCGUCGAGAUGCUCGAGGCCAAUAGGCAGGCGUACGAUCUGGCUGCGCCUUCGGCCUCGGCCUCGGCCUCGAUGCCGAUCUCAACCACGACCCCGGCGCAGCAGCUCGACCCCACCAAGAACCCAUGGGCCUCCCUCAGCGCUCGCCUCGUCCUGGAACGUGGCGUCGCGCUCCAGCGCCUGGGCAACGACCGCGAAGCUUCGGAAAAGUUUGUCGAGGCGGCCAGGAUCAAUGGCCUGCGCUAUCGCCUCGGCGGCGCGCUCGGAAAGCGCACAAAGUACCAGAAGGAGGCCAAGACGCAGCUGGUGCUGCUGGCCAAGAGCGCGGUUGUCGACGGCGGCGAGGACGACGAGGACAAGCAGCAUCAGCAGCAGGAGGGACAGAACGCGCCGUCGCCGAGCGAGUAUGCGGCACCAGAGGCCGGCGAGGAGAAGCUAGACGACGGCUGGCAGGCCAAGGCGGACCCCAAGGACCAGGUGGCGGGCAUGCCGAGCACCUAUGCGCUCAACGACGAUGUGCUGCUCGAGCAGACGCAGUUCACCUCGACCUCGGUGGCGGCGUCGGCGUCCGACGACAAGCCCACGUCGGGCGACGCCGACGACCUCGACCAGCUCGACCCCAACAGCCAACCGCCGCUGGCGGUGCUGGACCAGUGCACGCUGCUGGCGCUCUGCCUCAACAUCCGCAAUACGCAGCCGAGCCAUGGCCUGACGUCGAACCAGAUGUCGUCGUUCAUCUCGCGCGUCAUCUCGCAUCCGCGCAACUGGAUGGUGCACACCAUGUCGCUGCUGCUGCGCGCGCGCCUCGAGGCGACGCGGACGCGCACCGUGGAGCGCUCGGUGCUGCAGCUGCAGGCGCUCAUCGACCAGAUGCCAACCAACGACUCGAGCCUCGAGGAGCGCCUCAAGUUCUUCCACGCGCUCGACCUACCGCCCAAGUGGGAGAUGCAGGCGGAGCUGGCACGCCGCUACGCCAGCCUCGGCGUGACGCGCAGCGCCCUCGAAAUCUUUGAGCGGAUCGAGCUGUGGGAGGAGGUGGUGCAGUGCCUCGGCCUGCUGGGGCGGCAGCAGGAGGGCGUCGAAAUCAUCCGCGAGCUGCUCGAGGGCCGCAAGGUCGAGGCCGACGUCGACGUGCACCGGCGCAAGCGCCUCGGCCUCGCCGUCAACGACUCGACGGCGCAGCAGGUCAUGUUUGGGCGGCUCGACCGCGCGCGCGAGUCGAAGCUGUGGUGCAGUCCUCGGCGACCUCGAACCCACGCGGCGCGCUGGCUGCGGUCGGCGCUCAAGAUCAACCCGCUCUACACGCGCUCGUGGUUCGUGCUGGGCUGCUCGUACAUGCGCCUUGAGCGGUGGAAGGAUGCCGCCACCUGCUUCCGCCGCUGCACGGCGCUCGACGAGGAGGACGGCGAGAGCUGGAACAACCUGGCCAGCUGCUACCUCCGCAUGAGCGAGGCCCAGGACGCCGUCGACGUCGAGAGCGUGGGCCAGGCUGACCGCGCGCCCGCGCUCCUCGACGCCGGCGACGACUAUGACGACGACGACGACCUGGACGAGGACAGCUGGAGCCUGCCGUCGGACGGCGAGGAGCUGAGCGACCACGCCGACUCGGGCGUCGACCUCAGCAGCACCGACGAGAGCGGCGGCGAGACCGAGACCGAGUCCGGGGCCGACACUGAGACCGAGGGCGACGGUGAGGCUCCCCAGCGGGCGGCGAUGCGCGCGCUCGGCGCCAACCGCAACCGACGACAGGUCCAGCAGCAGCAGCAGCAGCAGCCGCCGCGGGCGGGACGAGCGGGGGCAGCGGGGCCGUCGUACAACCUCAAGCUGCUGGCGCACCGCUCGCUGGGCAAGUCGCUCAAGUUUUCGCACGACAACUGGCGGGUGUGGUUCAACUACAUGGUGGUGAGCGUCGAUGUGGGCAUGCUGAGCGAUGCGACGUCGGCGCUGGCGCGCGUCGUCGAGCUGCGGACGCGGCAGACGGGCCUGGGCGAGGCCGACAAGGAGCAGAGCGUCGACCUGGCCGUGCUGCAGCGGCUCGUGCGCAAGCUGUUUGACGAGACGCUGCUGGCGCGCAUCUCGUCGUCGGCGGCCAUCUACCGCCAGUACGCGCGCCUGCUCGAGUGGACGGGCGAGAACGCCAAGGCCAUCGCGGCCCACCUCAACGCUUACCGCGCCGGGGCGGGCAACCCGGCCGACGAGGCCGUCUGCCACGACCCGGCGCGCUUCGAGGAGGCGUGCGUCGACGUCGAACGCACCGUCGAGGUGCUGCUUCGCCUCGGACCUCGGCCCGCGCAAGAGGGCGGGGGCGAGGGCGAGGGCCAAGGUGCGGCGGGUCCGAGGGCCAUGGACGACUGCAAGUACCAGGCGCGCAGCCUGGUGCGCACGUUUGUAGCCAGGACCAAGGCCGAGUUUGAGGAGCGCGAGGACUGGGUGAGGCUCAAGGAGAUGGUCGCCGAGCUGCGAUGA